GGGAGGGAGACGCUGCAGGUAGUCAGCAUCAGUAACAGCAGUAUCAGUGCUUCCAGGAAGAAGAAGAAGAAACGUCCGAAUUAGUGCACGUGUGUCUGCCUCCACAAAGUGAAGCUCGAGCUUCGUCGCCAUGGGAGUGCCCUGGAAGAACACGUAACUCCCUCGAGAAAAGAACUCUAAACACAUUUUCAGCAGCGGGGAUGUUGUGAAAUACCCGAGUGAAGUAUCCGCCUGGUGGAUUAUUACUAUUAUUAUGAUGACGAUGAUGACGAAGGCUCUCGCUACGUUUUCUCUCAGCAUCCUGACGCUGGUGCUGUCCAACUUGCACCUGUCCACAGGCAGCAACCGGCAUGCGGUGUACUGGAACAGCUCCAACAUACUGCUGCGGAGGGAAGGCUACACGGUGCAGGUGAGCGUCAACGACUACCUGGACAUCUACUGCCCGCACUACAACACCAGCCUUCGGGGGACGCUAGAGCGCAGCGUGGCCGAGCAGUACAUCCUCUACAUGGUCAGCUACCGCGGCUACCUGACCUGCGACCCCCGGCUGGGCUUCAAGCGCUGGGAGUGCAACCGGCCGCACGCGCCCCACGCGCCCAUCAAGUUCUCGGAGAAGUUCCAGCGCUACAGCGCCUUCUCGCUGGGCUACGAGUUCACCGUGGGCCAGGAGUACUACUACAUCUCCACGCCCACCCACCAUCACCACGGCCACGGCUGCCUGAGGAUGAGAGUGUACGUCUGCUGCUCCACCGUCUCCCAAGCGGACGACGACUCCAGCCAGACUUCCACCGCCUACACAGUGAGGCCUAGUAUCAAAAUACACAACAUCGAUGAGUAUAACCCCGAAGUUCCCAAGCUGGAGAAGAGCGUGAGCGGCAGCAGCCCGUCGCGUGACCGCCUCCUCCUCACCGUGGCCGCCAUGCUGCUCGUCGGCACCCCCCUUCUGUCCUAGCGACGCCGCUCGGACCACGCCUUUUGGUCCAAAGGGCUUCACCGAGACGUCGAACCAACAAGAAGACGAAUGAUUGGAUUUUAAAAAAAACAAAAAAAAACAAGUUGGAGAGGCCUUUUUUUUAAUUGUUUGCUUUACAACGUUGUGUCACAUGAUCAUUUCAGGCAUCAUGUGACCACAUGCAGACUCUUGUUGAGGAAGUCACUGUCAAUCAAACUGAUGACACAAUCGUAGCAUCGGGACGGAUUAAGGAUGUUGAACUUUUGAAUAAAAUGGACGGACGGCAGCUUUUGUCCAGGACCGUGAAGAAUGUGCUCACUUAUUUCAGAAAUUUAAAGGAGGCCUUUCCUGAACAUCCAUUUUCCUCCUCCUCUCUUUCUCUCUGUGGAUAUAUUUAGUUUCUUAGAGGAUAGCGAGCGCUGUCUUAGUCCUUUCUGCCUGUUUCCUGCCUUCACAACUCGACACAACAAAGACCUUGAUGGCACUUAGUUGGUGGUCCAGUAGAUCCAGUGUUAGAUACUCUACGUCUUUCACCCCUUUCACCUGCAGACGUCUUCAAGGAACGUUCACCCUUCACCUCACCUUACCAUCCUUCUUCUCAUACUAGACAACCUCGUCUUAUUCCUGCCAAUGAACGAGUACUAGGGACACUGCAAAGGACAGAAAGAACCAUUAUUACCAGGAUAAAGUCACAGAGAAAAGCCCCAAUAUUAAGGGAGAAGCAGAAUUAUAAUACAUUUGGAACGUUGCGUGCCAAAAUUGUCAUUUUUUGGACGAAAUAGUUGUGAUCCUAUGAGAAUGGAAAAUAGGCUUAAUUGGAUUGACAUUGUUCCUUAUGGGAAAUUUUGAUUUGGUUAGAGUCGGACGUUCUUGAACGAAUUAAUGACGCUAACCAAAGUUCCACUGUAAAAACAUCCACUUUUCUCGCAAAAUUCUGACUUUAUUCUUGUAAUUUUUCGAUUUUUUCAUCCUUUUUUGCGAUAGAGUAUUAGGGCCGCAUUGAAGAAAAAUAUGAGAUUUUGAGAAUGAAGUUGUAAAUUUACAAGAAUAAAGUCGUAACUUUGAGAACAAAGUCAUAAAUUCACGAGAAAAAACUUGUAAAAUACGAGAAACAAAGUUGUACAUUUUGCUGUAUUUUCCCUCUGACAUGAUUACACGUAACAUUACGACUUUUAUUCUUCUAAAUUUACAACUUUAUUUGCGUAAUAUUAUGACGUUUUUCUUGUAAAUUUACGACUUUAUUUGCGUAAAUGUACAACCUUUUCUUUGUAAGGUUAUGCCUUUUUCCUUGUAAAUUUACAACUUUAUUCUCGUAAUAUUCCGACUUUAUUUGCGUAAAAUUAUGACUUUUUCACGUAAAUUUACGACCUUAUUCACAUAAUAUUAGGACUUUUUUCUCGUAAAUUUACAACUUUAUUCGCGUAAAUUUACAACUUUUUUUGUAAUUUUACAACUUUUUUUACGACUUUAUUCUCGUAGCGUUACGACUUUGUUCUCAUAAAUUUACGACUUUAUCUGCGUAAUAUUACGACUUUUUUCUCGUAAAUUUACGACUGUUCACCUAAAUGUACAACCUUUUUUCCGUAAGUUUACAACUUUUUUCUAGUAAAUUUAGGACUUUGUUCUCAUAAAUUUAGGACUUUAUUUGUUUAAUACAGUAUUAUUACUUUUUUUCUUGUAAAUGUAUGACUUUAUUCACGUAAAUUUACAAUCUUUUGUAAGUUCACCACUUUUUUUUUUUAAAUGUAUGACUUUUUUCUCGUAAAUUUACGCCUUUAUUCGUGUAAAUUUACAACCUUUUUUUGUAAGUUUACGACUUUUUCCUUGUAAAUUUGCAACUUUAUUCUCGAAAUCUCCGAUGGUUCUUUUUCAAUGUGGCCCUAAUACUCUGUGGUACUUUUGAAUGUGGCCCUAGUAUACUCGACAUAAUACCUGCCUACAGUGGUGGCCGGCCAGUCAGCGGUGAUGGCCGGUUGCCAUGGAAAUGAGCCCAUGCAGUGCAGAAGGUGCCUGAGGAGAUUUUUGCUUUUUUGUUUCGACUGUUGUGAGAAUGUGCAAAAAAAAAAAAAAAAAAAAAAAUCAAGCUCACUUUUUUAUAUUGUUGUACGAGAUGACUUUGCAUCAACUGUGCUUGAAUUGGUUUCUUUCACCGUUGGAGUUUAUUUGUUUAUUUGUGAUGCACACGAGUUUGCAUAUGAUGGAAGCUGCUGUGCCAUGUCGCUUUUUCACUGGGGGGGGGGGGGGGGUUAACAGCAGCUUUGAGAGGCAUCAGAGGCGCAUGUCACUCACCGUCAUGAUGGACAGCAGCGUUCCACAGGUGCUGCUUUUGUUGUCAUGUGCGUUUGUAUCACAUGGAAUGUGUGUGUGAGGGCGUGUGUGUACACCAGAGAGAAACAAAAGCAUCCAUUUGUGUGUAUGCUCGUCCACGCUUUUGGAGUUUGUGGCACUUAGAAAUUUGUUAAGGAGUCGUUUGUAGGAUCUUAAUAUGCAAGCUCGUACGACAGAAUGUGCUCUUAUUGUUAGUGGGGAGGGGCUUUAGAAGCGCUGGGAGGAGGGGGGGGUCAAAAGCAUUUACUUAUGUUGAAGACAACCACCGGAAAUGUGUUUACCCCGAAUGACAUAAAAAAAAAAGAUAAAAACAAGAUCUGUAUAAAAGGAUGAGCAAUUAAAGUCUUUUUUUUGCAAAUGUACUUCUGUACAUUUAUUUCAUGAUACAUCAGUCGUCAUUUUCCCCACAUUGGCCAUGUCCCUCGAAUGCAACACAGCCUUCAGACGGGUGAAUUUUAAAAUGUCACUAGUCCAGGCUGUACCCCGCCUGUCGCCCCAAGUCAGCUGGGAUAGGCUCCAGCAUGUCCCAGCGACCCUAAUGAGGAGAAGCGGCAUAGAAGAUGGAUGGAUGGAUGGAUGGAUAAUAUUAAGAAGAUUUGACUUUUACAUGCAAGGAUUUGUAUUAUAUUUUUGGGAAGAAGUCUAAAAUAUAAUGACAGUAAAAUGUUAAUAUUUCAAGAGGAAAAGUCACAAUUUAAUGAGACCCAAGUUGGAAUUUUAUGAGAAAAAAUUUACAACAAAAAAUUUCGAUUUUUUGAUGUUCCAUUUUCUUUGUGAAGGCUCCAUUAAUGUUAUAUCUUUAAACAUUGAAUAUUUACACCU